AGCGGCCCUGCCAAGUCAGUUUGAAAAGAUCAGACAAAGGCAGCAGGAAGCCCCUCGGCUUGGCAAUGAGUGCGAGCGGAGCACAAACGCGAAACGAAACCUCACUCUUUUAUCUGAUAGCGGACUGAAUUUAUUUUCUCUCCCGAGGUUUGUGGCAGUUUUAGACAUCUUUUGAAAAUGUACGACCGUCUGGAUCCCCGGGUCGAGCGAAGACUAUUAUCAAAGCGCCAAACGGGCAGCAGCGCUGCCUGACCGCCCGUUCGCUGUCGACCUGAAUCGGAUCAAGCGUCUUUUGGGGAGCAUUUUUGCAUUUGAAUCCUUCCCACACCACUGAAAGGAUCACUCGGGACGGAGAGUUGUCGAUUUACACAGUUAAAUGUAAAAAGAAAAGCUUGAGGAGCUUUCUAAAAGCCUUUUUUUCCCUCCUGAGGGGACUACGAGCCGCGACGGUGACCGUUGGUGGGGGUUUACCGCCGUUUGUUUUCUUGAGCGCGUUUGGAAGAUGGAGACGCACAUCUCGUGCCUCUUCCCGGAGAUUUUAGCCAUGAUUUUCAGCUACUUGGACGUGAGGGACAAAGGCAGAGUGGCCCAAGUGUGCACGGCGUGGAGGGACGCGUCCUACCACAAGUCCGUGUGGAGGGGGGUGGAAGCCAAGCUGCAUCUGAGGCGGGCGAACCCGUCCCUGUUCCCAAGCCUCCAGGCGAGAGGCAUCAGGCGCGUACAGAUCCUCAGCCUGCGGCGCAGCCUCAGCUACGUGAUCCAGGGGAUGCCCAACAUCGAGAGCUUGAAUCUGAGCGGCUGCUAUAACUUAACGGAUAACGGCCUGGGGCACGCGUUCGUGCAGGAGAUCCCUUCCCUGAGGGUGCUCAAUCUGAGCCUUUGCAAGCAGAUCACGGAUUCCAGUUUGGGCAGAAUAGCGCAGUAUCUGAAAAACUUGGAGGUGCUGGAACUGGGCGGCUGCAGUAAUAUCACGAACACGGGCUUGUUGCUCAUCGCGUGGGGUUUGCACAGACUCAAAAGUCUUAAUCUGAGGAGUUGCCGGCAUGUUUCGGAUGUGGGCAUAGGGCACUUAGCCGGCAUGACCCGGAGCGCGGCGGAGGGCUGCCUCAGUCUGGAAUACCUGACCUUGCAGGACUGCCAGAAGUUGACGGACUUGUCCCUCAAGCACAUUUCGAAAGGCCUGACCAAGCUCAAAGUGCUCAAUCUGAGUUUCUGCGGGGGCAUCUCGGACGCUGGCAUGAUCCACCUCUCUCACAUGACGAGCCUGUGGAGCCUUAAUCUGCGCUCGUGCGACAACAUCAGCGACACGGGCAUCAUGCACCUCGCAAUGGGCACGUUGAGACUCUCUGGACUCGACGUGUCGUUUUGCGACAAGAUAGGCGAUCAGAGCCUGGCUUAUAUCGCGCAGGGCCUGUACCAGCUCAAGUCGCUGUCGCUGUGCUCGUGCCACAUCAGUGACGAUGGCAUCAACAGGAUGGUGCGCCAGAUGCACGAGCUGAGGACGCUGAACAUCGGCCAGUGCGUGCGGAUUACAGACAAAGGACUGGAGCUGAUCGCAGACCACUUGACGCAACUGACCGGCAUCGAUCUGUAUGGAUGUACGAAAAUCACUAAGAGGGGACUGGAGAGGAUCACGCAGCUCCCCUGCCUUAAAGUUUUGAACCUGGGCCUUUGGCAGAUGACUGAAAGUGAGAAAGUGAGGUGAAACUUGGGGGGGGUUUCUGGAAGGAGGGAGGGAGAGAAGGAGGGCGGGAGGGGGAUGGGCGAAUUUCAAUAGAGCAAAGUACAUGAAAAAAGGUUUAAAAUGCUGAAUGUGAUACAUGUGUCAGUUAUUGCUAUUAACACACAAAAAGUUUUUUUUCCCCUUAACAAAUCGCAAUAUUAAACCUCCUUCUCCACGAGUAUCGCGUUAUUUUGGCUACCUCGUUAGAUGUAUUAUAUUGUUAUUCUUAAGAAGAAUGAGAAUUUGUGCCUAGAAAAACAAUCCCCUCCCCCUUUAUCUCGUCUUUUGCUUAAGGAAAGCAAAAAGACUGAAAGAAAGGAUGAAUUCAGACUACCUUUUUUUAUUUCCCUUCCUUCAGACAGCCAAUGAAAGGUUUCAAAACAAGUCUAUGGGUAGUUGACAUCAAAUUUCAAGCAGUUUUGCAAGUGUCCUGUGAUGUGACAGUUCACCUUAAAAUGUUUUAAUUUUAAUUAUUAAACAAUGCCGUUUUGUUAUCUUAAAUUAAUUGAGACUACAUGCAAUAUCUGUACUUUAAAAAAAUUAAGUAGUGUUUUAAAAUGAGAAAGAAAUAGUGACCAGUCACAAGACACAUUUUUCCUCAUACAUUGUAUAAAUGACAAGACUAAAAUCUUCAAAAAUUCAUGGACAUGAUGCUAUAUGUCAACUACCCUUAUGCAAAUACAGACAAAAAUACUGGGUUUGUACACUUAAGCUUUUUUAUUUCCAAUCUCUUUUAGCUCAAUUUUACAGGCCUGGAAGCCUUUAAUUCCUGCUUUGAAUAAGAGGUUCCCUCUGCUGAUGUAUUUAUGCUUAUGUAAGCAGAUAUUAAUUAAUGGCUGUUAUUCAGAGCGUUGUACUUCAAAUUGAAGUGAAUUUUGUCCCUUAAAAAAGAAAAAAACCCUGUUUGCAAUUCACUGACACCUUGUUUGCCUCUUCACAGGGCUGAAACAGGGCACAUCAUGUUAUAAAACAAUCUGUCUGUUUUAAAUACAAUAAUAUUCAACUUUACAUAUAAAAGACAUGGUCGAAACGAAGGUAACACGCAAAAUGCAUGUCAGGCCAAUAUAUAUGUACCAUGAUGUAUCGACCUGCAACAUGUAUUGAGUCCUGCUGAGAAGCUACUGUGUUCAAAUGUACUGUAAAUGUAUUUGUAAAAAGAAUCCCAAAUUAAAAUGUUUUAUAUUCUUACAGUAAAAACAUUAAAGUUGAUAUUUAUAUAAAUAAAAGAGCCACUCUGAAUUUCGUUAUGGGAAAA